AUGUUCUCGACCGUAGCUGGCGGUUACGAGCUUAGCAAGAUUCUGGGAAAGCCUGUAGGUCCGGGACAGGCCAACUGGAUGGCUGCAGCAUACUCCCUUACACAGAGCGCUUUCGUCCUCAUCAGCGGCCGUCUCGGCGCUGUUUAUGGUCAUCAGAAGCUCCUUCUUCUUGGCGGCGUUAUCAUUGUCACUUUCUCCAUUGCCAACGCAUUUUGUAACACUUAUAACUCCUUUAUUGCAAUCCGCGCUCUUACUGGGGUUGGUGGCGGUAUCUUGAUGCCUAAUGCAGUCGCUACCCUUACUAUUAUGGUUCCUCCUGGCAAAGUGCGCAACUUCACGCUGGCCAUAUUCGCGGCAUCGCCUCCAGUUGGAGCUGGCAUCGGAUCGCUGAUGAUUGGAGCCUUUCUCGAGUAUUCAGAAUGGAAGUGGCAUUUUAUCUCUGUGGCAUCUCUUGGCGCUAUUUGUUUCUCUGGGCUAUUCUUCGUUCUACCUCCCGAGCAGCCCGCUGACAAAAGCGGUAAGAUUGAUUGCAUUGGUAUCAUUACCGGCUUGGGAGGUCUUGUAUUAUUCUCUUUGUCCUGGAAUCAAGCGCCAGUAGACGGAUGGGAGACUCCAUAUGUUAUUGCAAUGCUGAUCACCUCAGUUGUGCUGAUGGUCAUUUUCUUCUUUUGGGAGAGUAAAUGGGCUGAUGAACCCAUCAUGCCCCCUUCCAUCUUUCGCGGCAAAAGCUUCAAGGCUCUCACGGUUGUCGUCUUGUUUAUUUACAUGGCCGUUGGUAUCACACUUUGGUACAUGGUAGCAUGGCAGCAGAUGAUACGAGGAUGGUCCGUCCUCAACGUCGCUGUCGGCUGGAUUCCUUAUGGACUAGGGGCAUCCUGCGCCGUCAUUUUGGCCGCGUGGCUAAUUCCCCGGCUCGAGGCACAAUGGAUCCUUGCCAUCGGAUGCCUCACCUCGCUGACAGCCACUAUUUUGUUGGCUACAAUGCCAGAACAACAAAGUUACUGGGCACAGGUUUUCCCGUCGACUGUAUUCGGUAGCUUCUGCCCUGACUUUGUAUAUGUUGCUGCACAAGUUAUUGCCAGCAGCAGUGUCGGUAAGAAAGAGCAGGGGCCAGCUGCUAGCUUGAUCGGGACGCUCAACCUCUACGGCAACAGCUUAGGUCUUGGUUUUGCCGGCACGAUUGAGACAAACAUAGCGAAGAGUCAUGCUGGGGAAGCGCUGGGGUUUCGGUCAGCAUUGUGGUUUGGAGCUGGUUUGUCUGCCAUUGCGCUACUGAUGGACUUAACGAUGGUGAGAAUGAAAAAAGAGGACAAGGAAGGCUGGGAAUCGAAUGAGACUGAACUUGAAUGA